UCAUCUCCAAUUGAGAAAGAUUCGCAACCACGUUCUGUGGGUGUCUUCACCAAAGAUGGCAUGAAAACGACGUUUCAAAAAUGGUAUCAGUGGUUUUCUCCUAGUGAUACGCCGGAAGAACGUCGAUUGAUCUUGAAACUGGACGCACUAAUUAUGAUCUUUGCUUUUCUUGCGUAUUGGGCGAAAGUUCUGGAUUCAUCUGCGACAAGUGCGGCAUACGUGAGCGGCAUGAGAGAAGACUUAAAACUAUUCGGAAACGAGCUCAAUUAUCUCAAUACUACCUACAUGGUCGGAUACAUCACCUUGCAGAUACCACUAACGGUGCUUAUGACUCGCUUCUCGGCACAGUACUUCAUCCCUGGUGCCGAUUUCAUAUGGGGCAUACUCACCCUCGCACAGUAUAAAGUCACAAAUGUGCACCAGCUUUAUAUAAUUCGUUUCUUCGUUGGCGCCGCUGGCAGCCUGUUCUUUCCGGCUAUUCAAUGGUAUCUUGGCUGCUGGUAUAAACGCUCUGAGCUAAGCCGACGAGGAUCCCUGUUCUUUAUCGCCAGUCAAAUUGGUAGUAUGAGCUCGGGAUAUAUACAAAGCGGCGCAUACACACAUCUUGAUGGUAGAUAUGGCAUUGAGGGGUGGCGUUGGCUGUAUAUUAUUUGUUUUUCUUGCACAAUCCCAGUCGCUCUUCUUGGAUUUAUUGUUCUACCUGGCCAUCCGGAUAACUGCCAACCUUUUAUUUUAACGAGCAAUGAUAUUCAGCUAGCGCAAGAACGCAUGGCAGCAGAGAAUCGUGAGCCAAGAAAACCAAUGACUCUGUCCGUCAUCAAAUCUGUUCUCACCGGCUGGCAUUUUUGGGUUUUGGUAACCUUCGCCUUCUUCUUUUCGCAGGCUGAUGGCAUUUCUUCUAAUAGUGGUCUCCCACUGUGGCUCAAAGCUGAAGGAUACAGCGUCAAGGAUAUUAAUACGAUAACUACGGUUAUGCCUGCGGUGACCAUUGUGGCUUCGAUUAUCUGUGGGGUUUUUUCAGAUAUAUAUGACGCCAAAGUGUCUCUUAUCGCCAUUACUGCGCUUCUCAACAUUUUAGCAGGUGUACUUCUGGCAGUUUGGAACAUUCCUAAUGGUCUCAAGUUCUUUGCCUUCUUCCUAUCAGGAUCCGCAGAUGGUAUAGCGGCCGUUAUAUACGCAUGGGCAAAUGAGAUUUGCGCCGGCAACGCAGAAGAGCGCGCGAUUGUGAUAAGCAGUAUGAAUACUAUUGGGAAUACAUUUGGCGCGUGGCUGCCAUUAUUUGUCUGGAAGACUGUUGAUGCACCGCGAUAUCUCAUCGGGUAUAAUUGGGCGAUUGCACUUGAUGUGUGCAUGCUCGCCAUGUUAUUCGUGCUUCGGUCAUUCUGGAAUCGCGAGAAAAUUUCAUAG